CCUACAAAGGUCGAACAUGUCCAGCGGAGCAACAUCAUGACUGUGCUCAACAAGUCACACGAGACCUCCCCUCCCUCCUUCCCCUUCUCCUCCCUCCAGCACAAUUUCUCCGUCUUUGUCACCCAUGAACCCUCAUACUCCCCCCUCUCCUCCCUCACUUCCCCCUCUCCCUCCUCUCUGACCUCUACAAACUGCACCAGCCCUCCCUCCUCCUCCUCUCCUCCGUACAACUUCUACGCGGUGCUGCUGGUGCUCCUCAUCUUCUGCGUGGUGUUCGGGAACGUGCUGGUGUGCGUGGCCGUGUCGCGGGAGCGCGCUCUGCAGACCACCACCAACUACCUCAUCGUGUCGCUGGCUGUGUCCGACCUGCUGCUGGCCACGCUGGUCAUGCCCUGGGGGGUCUACCUUGAGGUGGUGGGAGAGUGGCGCUUCAGUCUGAUCCACUGUGACAUCCUGCUCACCCUGGAUGUCAUGAUGUGCACCGCCAGCAUCCUCAACCUCUGUGCCAUCAGCAUUGACAGAUACACAGCGGUGGCCAUGCCGAUGCUCUACAACACCAGAUACAGCUCCAGGAGGAGGGUGGCAGUGAUGAUCGCUGUGGUGUGGUUCCUCUCUUUCGCCAUCUCUUGCCCUUUACUGUUUGGACUCAACAACACCGCCAGCCGUGAAGGCACCACAUGCAGCUUUGCUGAUCCGGCCUUCGUGGUGUACUCCUCCGUGGCCUCCUUCUACGUCCCCUUCAUAGUGACUUUGCUCGUGUAUGCCCAAAUUUGUGUGGUGCUGCGCAAACGAGGAAGACGCACUGCCCCUCCACGCAGACAGGGCCUGCACACGCAGAGUGCUGCUGAGUUGGGAGAAGGUCACAGACACAGGAAGAAUAAGUGUACACAACCAGAGGAUGUGAAGCUGUGCACCCUGAUCCUGAGACCUGCCACAGCCGCCCCACAGCGCAAGAAAGUGACCCUGGUAAAGGAGGCAGUGGUCCACCCCCUCGAUGUGGAGCCUGGUCGGUUCCUGCCACAGUCCGAGCAGAGCCUGGCUCUCCCUCCUUCUGCUCCUGCUCCCCAGACCUCCUCCCAUCCGGGGCGGGCCAGGAUCUCCUUGGCCAUCUCAGUUGGACCUGCACCGGUCCACCCCUCAACGGUUACACGAUCCGCCCUGCUGCCUCGCCCUCCCACGCUUGAGGACGGCAUGAGGGGCCGGGAGGGAUGGAGGGAGCGCAGCGGGGGCAGAGAGAGGUGGGGGAUCACCAAGGAGAGGGUGAGAGGGAGGCUGUCGCAGCAGAAGGAGAGGAAGGCGACGCAGAUGCUCGCCAUUGUUCUCGGUGUGUUCAUCAUCUGCUGGCUGCCUUUCUUCCUGACCCACGUGCUGAAGGCCCACUGCAGGAGCUGCUGUAUCUCCCCCUCACUGUACAGCGCCGUCACCUGGCUGGGAUACCUCAACAGCGCCGUCAACCCUGUCAUCUACACCACGUUCAACAUCGAGUUUCGCAAAGCCUUCAUCAAAAUCCUGCAUUGCUGAGAGACCCUUCAAGUGUGUGGGAAUAAAAACAGCCUGAAGCUCGCUCUAGGUCAGAGGUGAGAGAUUAAAGAUGGGGAGUUAGGGGUGGCGACUGAAGAUUGGACAGCUGAUUACGCAGUUGAUACAAACAUCCAGAGAAGCUGAAGACAAAAGAAAAUGUAACCAGCAGUUAAGACAGGACUGAGAAGAUAAAAGAAGACAGAAACAUGGCACACAAAGAGAAUAAAGAACUACUUCUUCAUCGCUGAAAGAGAGUGCUUGAAAAAUUAAAGACAGCUACCAGAAUCUCUCACAAGCAGGAGUUGUUUAUUGGGUGAAAAAAGACACCGAGUCGUGUGGAUAGAGUCUGAAAAGAGAACAUUUGAGGACUGCGAAUCUCUCCACAGAAUCCCAACUAACAGACUCCUCACUCUUGAGUCCCACAGACAUGACUGUUUUUCAAGUGCUUGAUUUUUGUCUGAAUUGUUGUUGUCUUUCCUUUUUAAUCUUCACAAAGAACAUCCUGUUUUGUGUCCGCAUGUGCUCGUCUCUCUCGCCUCUGGAGGCAAGAAGCAAAGACUUAAAAUCCUUGGUGUUAGAGUCGAUCACCAUGAAUUGGUUCUAUUUUCCUGGCAAAGGCUCAGCCAAGUUUGAAGAACCACUGAAGUUUUAUCAAAGUAGAGUUGUUGCUAUGGUGAUAAAGUGGAGAUACAAAAUCAGCAGACAGUUCACAGAGCCUUUAGUGAAGGUAGUGUGUACAUUGCCAGAUUUUAACUCCUGUGCAUACAUGUUGGUGCCGGGAAUAAUAAUGUUACUGGUAAAGAAGAGGGUCACAGGUUAUGUGUGGCCAUUUGAAAUGGUAGUACAAAUUUUAAAGACUUCUUUCAUAGCUCAUAAUUGAUCAGAAUUACACAAAAUAAAUCAGAAAUCCUGUAUCUCCAAA